UUUAGUCUUUUACAUCUUUUUGCUUGCUUUCAUGUUUUCGUUGGUAUCACGCACUGUAAAAUUAAAAAGGAUACGAGGAAUAUCUGCAAAUUUGAUACCUUUUGCAUUAGAAGUGCUCUAGCUAAAUAAUGAAACUAUAUAACUGCGCUUCUACCGUAUUCCAGUGAUAUCCGUGCGGUCCAACGGAGUUGAGAGUGUGGAAUUUACCCGCAACAUAGUGCUACCAAAACUAUUUAAUUUUACUCGAUAAUCACUAAGUAAUUCCUAUGAUGUUGAACUACUUUCAAAAAAUUGCAACACGUUUUGCGAUUGUGUAUUUACAAGUGUUGUGUGACGUGCAUUCAACUUAAACUUUAAUAUAUUGUUUAAAGUUAGCAAAAACGUCGUACAGAAUGGACGACGACGGCGAUGAUAAAGAUGACUCCAAGAGGAGGACCCGCAACCUCAGCGAGAAGAAGCGGCGGGACCAGUUCAACCUGCUGGUGAACGAGCUCAGCGCCAUGAUCUCCACCAACAACCGCAAGAUGGACAAGAGCACCGUGCUCAAGUCCACCAUCUCCUUCCUCAAGAACCACAACGACAUAACAGUGCGUUCGCGCGCGCACGACGUGACGGAGGACUGGAAGCCGCCGUUCCUGUCCAAUGAGGAGUUCUCGUACCUGGUGCUGGAGGCGCUGGAGGGGUUCCUGCUCGUGCUGUCCGCCAAUGGCCGCGUGCACUACGCCUCGGAGAGUGUCGCCGCGCUGCUGGGGCACAACCCGUCGGACAUGAUGAACCAGAGCAUCUUCGAGCUGGCGCACGAGGAGGACCGGCCGCGGCUGUACGCGCUGCUCCAGUCCGUGGACCCCGCCAGGGUGGGGCACGUCAAAGACAGUGACAUCCGGUUCCACUGCCACAUCCGGCGCGGCGCGCCCGACCCCCGCGGUGACCGCUCCUACGAGACCGUCGACUUCUGCGGACACUUCCGAACAUCUACGGACCACGAGGGCGAGGACCGACCGAGCUUCCUGCAGCCUGAACACGAGGAAACCAAGGUGAUCCUGGUGUGCACGGGGCGGCUGCGCUCUCCUCACCUCAUCCGCGACGUGUCUCUAGUAGACUCGGCCCGCAACGAGUUCACUUCGCGUCACAGCCUCGAGUGGAAGUUCCUGUUCCUUGACCACCGCGCCUCGCCCAUCAUCGGCUACCUGCCGUUUGAGGUGCUGGGCACGUCUGGUUAUGAUUACUACCACUUUGAUGAUCUGGAGAAGGUGGUGUCGUGUCAUGAGGCUUUGAUGCAGAAGGGCGAGCUGACGUCGUGCCGCUACCGCUUCCUCACGAAGGGGCAGCAGUGGAUCUGGCUGCGCACGCGGUACUACAUCACCUACCACCAGUGGAACUCCAAGCCCGAGUUCGUGGUCUGCACGCACCAGGUCGUCAGUUACGCGGAGAUAUCCGAGUCGGAAGAGCUGAAACAGGACGAGUCGUGCGAGCUGUCAGUGGCCGAGCCGCCCCCCGCGCCCCCCGUCCCCGCCCCCGCCCCCGCCCCCGCGCCCCUCGACGAGGCGCGAGCGCUGUCGCCCUGCAUGAGCGACGCGUCCGACGCCUUCACCGCCAGCUACCAGAUACCCUCGCAGCCUGCGUCAGUGAAGUCGGCGUCAGCGGGCAGCACGGCCGGCACGUCGGCCACGGCGGCCACGGCGGGCACGGCGUCCACGCACUGGCGCCUCGCGCCCAGCGCCAUGUCCAUCGACAAUGACAUGCAAGUGAAGGAGACGGGCGCGGCGCCCCAGCACGCGAUAGGCGCGCAGUAUCUGGAGCCGUCGCCGUACGUGGGCGCCAUGAACGUGGGCGCCGUGAGCGUGGGCGCCGUGAGCGUGGGCGCCGUGCUGCCGCUGCCGCUGCCCGUGCUGGUCACGCCGGACCAGGCGCAGGUGUGUAACAGCGCUUUGCAGCGCAAGCACGAGGAGCUGCAGCAGAUGAUCGUGCGGCAGCAGGCGGAGCUGCGCCAGGUGAAGGAGCAGUUGCUGCUGGCGCGCCUCGGCAUCCUGCCGCCGCUCAUCAACACGCCGUACGUGACGUCUGAAGACAUGCUGCAGGGGCAGCACCUGCCUCAGCUGGUGUACGAGACGCCGACGUACCACCCGCGCCUUCACGAGCCGCCGCCGCCGCCGCAGUAGCCCGCCCAGGACCUGGCCGCCGUGCGCGCCUGGCUCGACAGCUUCCCAUAACCCUCCCAGGGAAGAAUAAACCUGUCAGUGCCAAACUUUUCGCCUUGGUUAUGUUAUGUGCUGGGUUUGUUUUCUAGUAUGUUUUAAAUAUAAGUUAUAAUUAGCUGGUCGUGUUACCAAAUAUGUUGGCCUCUAUGUGUUUGUGAAGUUGUAAAUGUCUACCAAAUUAUAAUUAUUGUAUAAUAGAUUAAGCCGUUUGGGCGGUUUUUAGGUAGGAAAGUGUGUUUUCGGACAGAUAUAUUUACGUAUCUCACACAAAGCUCUUAGUAAUGUUGGGUAUUUUCUUAGGUGAAUUAUAAAAUAUUGCUACAUGCAAAUGUAAGAAGAUUUUCAGCCACCUUGUAGGACUUGCGAAGGGGUACUCUUAAUGAUAGAUACUUCUUAGCUGCGGCUGAGCAUGGCGACAUAGACUCUGGUCGUGCGCGACACAGCUUGCCGUGUGCCAUGCUAAGCCCUCAGGUCCGUACUCCUUAUAAAAGAGUGACUUCGUGAUCAUCUCUUGUAACUUUAUGACUGAAAACCUUGUGAUAUUUUGCUAACAUAAUCUCGGGAUUUAUAUAUAAAUGUAAAAUGCGUCAUUGUGUAUUCGUAUCUAUCGACAUGUUUUUCUAUGAACUGCAUUAUUUGUUAAUAAAUUUACACUGGGUAUCAUUAUACUGACGAGUUUAGUGCAUGAUGAGGUACUUAGGUGUUUAAGUAUAACUACCUAACAUAGUUCAGUGCAUUAAAUUUUUAAUUACCUACCUAUACAGGAUGGCUCAUAUAGUAUAAAAAGUGUCUCAUAAGAUUUCCAAUCACCGCCAUCUAUCAGUUUUUGGGACAAAACCAUAAAUAAGCAUUAAAGCCUCCUCAUACCAAUAUUGUAGUGGUUUCUUACGUCACAUUUCAUAAAGGAGUCACUUUUUACUCGUCAUGUGAUCAUCUCUCAUAAAUAUUAUUUUAGUACUGAUGGAACUAAUUUCAUCCACGGUAUCAAAAAAAUAGCUACAUUUUUCAAAAAGAUAAAAUGCUGUUAAAAUUUUACCUUAAAAAAUGCGAUGUGUAGUUAUAUAAGCAGCGAAAAUCGAAAGAAAUACAAUGUAUGUAAAAACCGGUCCUUAAAAUACAUUAGGUAUAUAAUUUUGAUGUAAAACAUGACCAUUUAUAAUAGGCUACUUGACUCAUAUCAAAUUCAGGUCAAUAAAUGAGUAUUUAUUUUACGAAACCGAAAUAUAUUGAUUUCGGCUAAUUAAACUCCAGGAUGCAUAAUUUCAAUUUUAAAAAUAUUAUUUUGAACCCUGAAAACGCUAUCGGCCAUGUUGUGACGUCAGCUGCCUCGUGCUGUGUCAAGAGUUUUAAGUGUAGUUGUAUCUUCAACUGUAAUAAAUGAAUGAUUUGCUACUGAUGUGCCGUCAGAAGCAAAUAUGACAAAUAUGUCUGAGAGCGUUUUCGCCUGUUUACGAAAAGUAAAACUUUAAAAUUAAGUUUUGGGAUUUUCUAGGUCCCAAAUAUGAAAGUAUUUUUUUGAUCUAAUAGAGCAAUUAUCCAUCUUAUGAGACCUUCUUUAAAAAAGGGUCAAGUAGCCUAUUUAAGUUAAAUUCUCGUAUAAUUUAAAUUAAUAUAUUAAUAAUAUUUGAAUUUCUUGCCAUUUAUUUAAGAUUGAAAGGUCAAGAAAUUUUAAUUUGAGAUGAAUUUUAUAUUAUAAAUAUUUUUAUAUACCUUGGUUACUAAAUUGUUUGUUUUUGGUUGGACAGGGUGAAAAUUUAUUUUGUUAUGUAAUUUGUGAUAUGAUGACAAUGGAGUUUCCGUGUUUGUUUUAUGUUUAAAAUACUAUUACUUAUUUUAUAAUUUACUAUAAGAAAGAUAUUCAUGGGUGAGUAAGUGAUUAUAUUUUUAUGUUAAAUAUUGGCAGCUACUAUUAAUGGUUUACACUCUAUAAAUAGUUCAAUAUCAGUUUUACCUCAACAUACAUUAAACGUUUUGUUUUGUUUUAAAUUGUACCUAUAUUCCAUUGUUAUUUCAUAACAAGUUUAAUAAUUUUUAAUAUUAAAUGUAUUUAGAUGAUAGAGUAAGUAGGGUAUCUAUUACGAGUUUCAUUGAGCUUUACACGACGAUACCAAAAAGUUUUUUAAAAACUCUUUUAGUUAUUUUAUUUUUGUGAUACUUUAUACCUAUGUCUUUAACAUGAGUACAAAAUUUCAGUUAUGUAUUUUAUCUUAUUGUUUGAUUUUUAUGUAUGGGUAUAUAUUGAGCGCACGUCCUGAGCUAUCCGGGACAUUCGCUUCGAAUCUUCUGAUUCUGCGGAUUGGCGUUGGUAAAUAGCCGCCUGCAAACAUUCAAUUUAAUCAAUAAUUGAAACUUCGCGUUGAUGAGUUUUGCCGGUCAUAACAAUAGUUAUUCAUUUUGGUGUGUCAUUUUACAAAAGUAGAUUUCAUGAAAUUUCACAUUCGCUAAACAUGACCAUUAGAUAAAUUAUUUUAGGGUUUGCACAGAUUGACACAUUUUCAAAUCUUAUCAAAAUGUAAUACUUAUACAUAUUAUGUAUUGUGAAUUUUAAUAGUGUACACUGUUGUUUACGUUUGUUCCGUUUCUUUAUUUAAUUUUUCUUUAUGCAAGGCUGUGUUAUUUUGUAAAUAUUGGUUUAAAUUCAAUCAAAUUUUUCAAUUUAUUUUACGCUAUAAAUUGUAUCACUUUAUAUUUAUCUGUUGGAUAUUUUUAUUGUGUUUACAUAAUUUUUACAUUCAGUUUACGCUGUGUUUUGAUUUUAAUUAUUAAACUUGUUGAAUUAUACCUAGACAAAGCGUGCCAUUUAUAGGUAAAUUUGAGAGUUAAGAAAUUAAUGUUAUUUUUGGUUCGUUAUUUUGAUACUUCGCUCUUAUUUUAAGUUUAAGUAUUUGGUUUGUGUAAGUAUGUUUGCUGUUUUAAUAGUUUAAUAGCAUUACCUGAUACGGGAAGGUCGUACAGGGUGCUCUCACAAAAAUACUGUUUGGGCUAAUAAAGAGUUUAAUUUUUUAUCUAACAGUGUCACAUUUUGGGUGUCUUCCAUUGUGCACAUCUCUACACUAACUUUGUAGUUUUUAACAUAAUUAUCAUCAACUCUACCAAUAUGUACACUGUCGGAAUUGGUACUGUUUGGUUGUUAAUACAGGGAUUAAUCUACUAUGUGCAAGAGCGCAUGUGACAGACAGGGACACAGUAUCAUGUCAUCUAUUAAAUUAAAUGUAUUUUUGUAUAUCUACUCAACUAAAGCAAAAAUUGACGUGGCUUUUCGGUCAAAAAGAGCUUAAUCAUCGGCGGAUGAUAUGUCGGUUUUCGAAAUAUUUAUAUCGAUUUAUUUUCGUGUUGGAAUAUGAACUAAGAAAUUAUAAUUAAGGUAAAAUUAUUUUUGUAUAUAGGUGUUAUUUAGAAUAAACAUAAUAUGAUUUAUUGUGUCUAAAAGUGUACAGUUUAUAGAAUGUACUUCCUCGCGCGUUGUCCAUUCGGCUAUAAAAAUUACUACUUGUAUACCUACUACCCCUUCUUAGAUAUAAUGUGUACUAUGUAGCCUGCAUACAUAACAUAUGUAGGUACUUUCACAUACUAUGAAAUUCAUAAAGGUAAUUAAGUGACAUCUCAAACAAUGUAAACAGUGAUUAUUCUUGUAAAUCAUUUUAAUCAUUAACUUAUUAUGUCAUUCGAUUCAUUAAUUUCAUUUUGAUUAUCAAAGAUAAUUAACUUCUACAUACCGAUAGCAACGCAAUAAGCGCCAUUCCUUACAGUAAAGAUAAUUUCAGUAUUCUUGUGUAAGAAGUCGUCCAUAUCUGUGUAGCCACUACCUGCAUUUUCAUAUAAAUAUAUUAAAUACCUACAUCAUGUUGUCCCCAUGUCUAUUGAUACUAGACAUUCAUUGUAGUGUAAGUAGUAGAAUAUUACAUAGUAGGAAUCUAUCAUAUUGUCUACAUGUCUAAAAUAUUAUAUAUUAUAACGUUUCCUACAUUGUGAAACAAACUUGAAUGAACAUAUUUAACAUUAUUUUAAAUAGCGAGUGAAUGUACGAAACCAUAAAUAUUUUUUUUAGUACCUACACAAUAUACGGAGUCAUAAUAACUUUUAUAUCUUCUUAUACUUACAUAUUAUAUUAUGUACCUAUCUAUAAAGAACAAUAUUCAUUAGCAUAGAGUGCAAUGUAUUUCAGUUUUUUUAUGAUGUUUGACAAUCUGCGUGAAGAGAUGGAAAUAAAUGAGUCAUCACUUA